CGUUUGAAUUCACACAGCGACCAGUGUGGGAGGUGAGCUCAAAAUCGGAAAGUAACGACUUUGGGAAGUCCAUUUCAUACGUGGUUGUCAUCACUGAUUUGCAGAGUCAGAACCCAAAUACUUUCCAACAAUGGGCAAAGGCAAGCGUGCGCAUUUCGACAAGUACCGCCCUCCCAUCUCGUCGGCGGACCUUAUGUCGACGCCGUCUUCGCUUAUUGACGACUGCCCACCUCCCCUGUACAAGCCGCAACCUGACGGGAAGCACAAGGAGAAUGAGGCUCAUCUUAUUGAGGACGCACCGAUUGGUGUGCUCAUCACGACCUACAUGAGCUACUUUUUCCUGAUUGUUUUCGGACAUAUCCGGGAUUUCUUUGGGUUUUGGUUAAAGAGUGACGAGUAUAAGCACCUGAAGACGCAGAAUGGAUACGCACCCAUCAAUUCUGGAUUCGACACAUUUUAUCACCGUCGUUUAUACGUCCGUAUCCGCGAUUGUUUCAACAGACCAGUCACCAACGUGCCGGGAAGGACGAUAACUCUAUUGGACCGCAAAAGCGAGGAUUACAACAGAACUUUCAAACUGACUGGCGAAACAAAGGAAGUCCUCAACUUGUCAUCCUAUAAUUAUCUCGGGUUUGCUCAGAGUGAGGGUCCAUGUGCUGAUGCAGUCGAAACUGCUGUCAGAAAGUAUGGUGUUGCCACAUGCAGCAGCAGGAUGGAGGCAGGUACCCUUGAUCAGCAUCAAGAAGUGGAGGCAUUGGUUGCCCGUUUUGUUGGCAAGGAGGCCGCUAUGAUUAUAAGCAUGGGCUUUGCUACCAACUCUACCACGAUCCCUGCGCUCGUUGGGAAGGGGUGCCUCAUUAUUAGCGACGAGCUAAAUCACUCAUCACUCGUCUACGGAGCUCGAGUGUCUGGCGCAAGCAUCCGUGUGUUCAAGCAUAAUGAUAUGAAGGAUCUGGAGGCCGUCCUUCGCAACUCGAUUGCGGGCGGUCAGCCACGCACUCACCGACCAUGGAAGAAGAUCCUUGUGAUGGUCGAAGGGUUGUAUUCCAUGGAAGGCAGUAUUUGCGCUCUUCCCGAAAUCGUGGAGCUCAAAAAGAAAUACAAGUUUUACUUGUAUCUGGACGAAGCGCAUUCGAUUGGUGCCAUGGGACCCAAUGGUCGCGGUAUCUGUGAUUACUUUGGCGUCGAUCCAGAGGAUGUUGACAUCAUGAUGGGAACAUUCACAAAAAGUUUCGGUGCUGCUGGCGGUUAUAUUGCUGCAAAACAGGAAAUUGUUGAUCGUGUUCGAUUCUAUACACAUGCGUCGGUAUACGCCGAAGCCAUCACUCCGCCCAUUCUCCAACAGAUAUACACCUCCAUGCGCAUUAUCAUGGGUGAAGAAGGCGGCGAUGAAGGACGCCGCCGUAUCCAACAGCUUGCACGCAACUGUCGCUUUUUUUCGGCCGAAUUGCGCAAGAUGGGGUUCAUUGUAUACGGUGACGAGGAUUCCCCAAUUGUCCCAUUACUUCUGUUCCACCCUGCAAAGAUUCCCGCCUUCUCUCGAGAGAUGCUCAAACGUGGCAUUGCCGUCGUUGUUGUGGGAUACCCGGCAACACCCAUUAUUACUUCACGCGUACGGUUCUGUUUGUCGGCUGCUCACACAAUGGAGGAUCUCAAAUUUGCUCUUCAACAUAUUUCUGAAGUUGGGGACGAUAUGGUGCUGAAAGUUAGCCGACUUAAUCGCCCGGCAGUAGCUUAAUGUUUUCUUUUUGGUUUCACAUUAUUCCUUAUGUAUUAGAAUGGAUAUUUACGAUCUAGAGCUAUGAAAAAGGAGGCUCAUUCUCUACUCGUUUAUACGACUGUUCCCACUUUCAUAUGAAAUGUACGUGUACUU